AUGUCCGGACCUGCACCAGCUCUCGAAUUGACGGAUGUGUCCGUGUUCUCUUCCGACACCGAGCCCGGACAGGUGAGCUCGGUCAUGCUUCAGUCAGACGAAGAGGCUGCCACCAAUGGUCAACAGAAUGACACCGAGCGCCCGCUGGCUCCUGUUAUCAGUGUAGAGAUGAGAACAGGUCUUGCUCGCAUCGGAUUUCAACCCCUUGCUCUCGGCAAGGAUAACUUGAAUAUCAGCGAUGCUACCUUCGACGUCAAGACAGCUCCUGGGCAUAUGGAGGACACCUACGUGGGCCACCAUUCCUGGCUUGCCUCUUGGUUCCCUCACAAUCCUGAUCAUAUCACGAUCUACUUCGUUCUGGACACGAAACGCCACAGCUUCUCCAUUCCCGAGGCCAUUCUUGUCCAGAACUUCGAAUUCUUCCAGGUCGCGCUGAGACUGAAACCCUCGUCGAUGGAGUGGAAGGAGCAGAUCGAAAGAAAGUUCGAAUGGGGGCACAACGAGGCUGGUGCUUUCGGACUACUCAUGAGCUUCCUUUUGACGGGAACGUUUCCGCAACAUCCGGAUCCCAAUGUGCGAUCGGCUGCCGGCAUGAUUGAGGAUUUCAUCAUGGCCAUCCGCCUGUCGGACUACACAGGCCUACGCUGCCACGAGCGCUUCGUCCACGCCGUCUGCUUACGCGUCCGACAACUUCUUCUCGAUGAUCGCAAGGCACUCCAGCCUGUGCACGUUGGAAAGCUCUACAACCUCGCCGCCGACAAACGUUAUGAUUUUGAAGAGCUUGUCAAGGUCUUUGCUCAAGCAGCAGUGAAGCCCUGGAUGCAUUGUUGGAUGGCCAAGUCGACCAAACCGACAAUCGUGCGAUCCGUUGCCUACGAUGAUCACUGCGGCAUUGACGCAGAUGAGUGGCGUCUCGUUGUAAAGCAUUAUGUCCAUUUGGUCGAUCGCAGCGAGAAAUUCGCGGUCGACGUUGCGAAGCAGGUGCGCAGGACGAUGGAGGGGAGCAAGCGUCUCAACUCGGUUGCUUCGGCUACCCAGGACGGCGCCAACAAGACUAUUCAUAAGCUUCCAGAGUCUCUCGACUAUGUCACGUAUCGGGACCCUCUUAUUCCUAGUGAGGGCAAGGCAAAGAUGCAACUCUUUACAAUCUGA